AUGGUGCUGAGUUUUUCCAAGAUGUCGUCGCUGGAACAGAGGCUGUCCCGAAUUGAGGAGAAACUGAAGCAGGAGAAUAAAGAAGCUCGGAGACGGAUUGAUUUAAACAUCGACAUGAGUCCGCAGCGGUCCCGCCCGCGGCCUAUCAUCGUGAUCCAGCUCAGUCCUGCUCCAGCCCCCUCCCAGCGUGCAGCCUUGCAGUUGCCACUAGCUAACGAUGGCGGGAGUCGUUCGUCAUCCUCAGAGAGUUCACCACAGCAUCACUCAUACCCCAGCAGACCUCGGCACAUGCUCACGCUACCCACCCCACCUUAUGGUCAGCAGAAGAGCUUAGAGAAUGCUGAAAUAGACCAGAAGUUGCAGGAAAUUAUGAAACAGACGGGUUACCUGAAGAUAGAAGGCCAGCGUUAUCCUGCAGAGGUGACGGAUCUGAUCAGUGAGGGGGAGAUCGGCAGCGGUACCUGUGGACAGGUGUUUAAAGUACGCUUUAAGAAAACAGGCCAUGUCAUUGCUGUCAAGCAAAUGCGGAGGACGGGUAACAAAGACGAGAAUAAGAGGAUUCUCAUGGAUCUGGAUGUGGUUCUGAAAAGCCAUGACUGUCCGUACAUUAUCCAAUGCUUCGGAGCUAUUGUCACCAAUACUGAUGUCUUCAUUGCCAUGGAGCUGAUGGGGACCUGUGCAGAGAAGCUGAAGAAGCGCAUCCAGGGACCCAUUCCAGAAUACAUUCUGGGAAAGAUGACCGUAGCGAUAGUUAAAGCUCUGCUGUAUUUAAAAGAAAAGCAUGGCGUAAUCCACAGAGAUGUGAAGCCCUCCAACAUACUGUUAGAUGCAAAAGGCCAGAUUAAACUCUGUGAUUUUGGCAUCAGUGGCCGCCUUGUUGACUCCAAAGCUAAAACCCGCAGCGCUGGCUGUGCUGCUUACAUGGCGCCUGAGAGAAUAGACCCUCCAGAUCCUAGUAAGCCUGACUACGACAUAAGAGCCGACGUGUGGAGUCUGGGCAUCUCUCUGGUGGAACUGGCUACAGGACAGUUCCCGUAUAAGAACUGUAAGACAGACUUUGAGGUUCUGACCAAAGUGCUACAGGAGGACCCUCCUCUUCUUCCUCUUAGCAUGGGUUUCUCCCUCGACUUUCAGUCCUUUGUUAAAGACUGCCUCACAAAAGAUCACAGGAAAAGGCCAAAAUACCACAAGCUGCUUGAACACAGCUUUAUCCGGCGCUAUGAGGUGUUGGAGGUGGAUGUCGCCGGCUGGUUCCAGACAGUGAUGGAGCGCACCGAGUCUCCACGCAGCAGUCAGUGCUACAGUCAGCACCAGCUCCACUCAUUGUUCAGCAGGUAGCUGCUCUGAGAGACAAACAAGGAGGGAGCGAUGGUGUUGCGUGAACAGGACAGAACAAGGUGCUGUUUAAAAGACAGUGAUAAAGAGAGGAAGGGUUGGUGUGUUGAUAGAUGGAUGGAUGGAUCAAGAGCGAGUAAAGAUGACUGACGGAUAGACAUGGGCAGGUGUGAUGUAAAUUUGAAUCAUAUUUAUAUUUAUCUUUCUUUCUUGUUUUUCAUCCACCAUUUUAUCAGCACGGACGUCAGGAGUAGAAGCCGCUAGUGGUGCACGUUCAUUUAAUCAUAUGUAUAGUGUUUUACACAUUCACUACCGUUAUAAGCUAUAGAGCACUGUACAGUGUAAAGCCACAGCUGUGAAAAUAGUCCACAGAGGCGUUUGCUUCUUCCAUCACGUAUUGACUUCAAUCAGUGUAAGCCAUACGCGGCUGUACAUUUGUGUAGCUGCUCUACUUAGUUUGUGUACACUUUAUGUUUAUAUCAUAUCUAUGUUGUGUCAUUCAUCACAAGUCAUUAGCUCCAGCUCCUCCAUAGCCCCUUACUCAGGGACUGAACAGAGUAGUCGAACAACACUGAGCCAAGGUGUAUGCGUGUACGUGUAAGUCUUUUUAGACCUGAAUAAGU